AAUUACGCAAUUGGUUAUUGCUGUUGCGCGAGAGAAGAGAGGAACGAAGACUGAAAAAUGGCGUCAUGGAAUUCAUUUCCGCUUCAAGUUACCUACGAGGCUCUGGGUUGGUUCGCCUUCGUUUCCUGGUCCAUCAGUUUCUAUCCUCAAGUCAUCUUGAAUUUUCGCAGGAAGAGUGUGGUUGGACUCAACUUCGAUUUCGUGGUGCUAAAUCUGACCAAGCACAGUUCCUAUCUCAUAUACAACGCUUCUCUCUACUUCAGCUCUGCUAUUCAGAAGCAGUACUUUGAGAAAUACGGUUAUGGGGAGAUGAUACCUGUUGCUGCAAAUGAUGUUGCUUUCUCGAUCCAUGCUGUUCUACUGACAGCAAUUACAUUGUUCCAGAUUGCAAUCUAUGAACGUGGGAGUCAGAAAGUGUCCAAGGUUUCUAUUGGAAUUGUCUCUGUUGCAUGGCUUGUUGCAGCAGUUUGUUUCUUUAUUGCUUUGCCGAAUAAUUCCUGGCUUUGGCUUCUCUCCGUCUUCAACACAAUUCAAGUAGUUAUGACUACUAUAAAGUACAUUCCUCAGGCAGUCAUGAACUUCCUGAGAAAAAGUACUGAUGGCUUCAGCAUUGGUAACAUUCUACUUGAUUUUUCUGGAGGAAUAGCAAAUUAUGGACAGAUGGUUGUGCAAUCAAUAGAUCAAGAUUCAUGGGUCAACUUCUAUGGGAAUAUAGGAAAAGUGUUGCUAUCUUUGGUAUCUGUAUUCUUUGACAUUAUUUUCAUUAUUCAACAUUAUGUUCUGUAUCGUGGUAAAAAAUCCUCCAAAUUGGAGAUCACUACAGAGCAAGAAGAUCAAAUCAGAGAGCACCUUGUCAGACAUUCUGAUCAAUCAUCACCAGAGAAUGUGUAAGAUAUGACUUACUUCAUAAUGUAUAUUAAACUUCCCAUUGUAUGUUAUUUGUAUCAAAAUCCAAUUAGGAUGUUUUUCUUAUCCCAUACAUCAGGGGCACCAUUUUGAUGGGAGCUUCAAUAAAUAUUGUAUAAGUUUUAAGAAUUUUAGGCCAGCAUUCUUUUAUACUAUUUUGUAUUACAAAUUUGUAUAUGACCAAGUGACUGGCAUGUAUUAUCAAGCUACUCAAUUACCUACUGGUGUUUGUGGCCGUUUGAAAUUUUCCCACGAUGUGAGUGUUUGAAUUCAAA